UGCUUUUUGUCAGUCUUGCUUGUGUUAGAAAUGUGUAGAAAGGUGGUUGUGCUUUUUAUCAUUUUUCUCAUCCACCAAAUAGAAAAUAGAAAAUCUUCUCUCCAUUUUUGCACUCUCAGAAAUUAGACUUGUACUUCUUGAAUGCUAAGUGCAUCACAAAGGUGACAAGUUUUUUAAAAUAUAGAGGUUGUGGUGAUAUCAGAGAUUGAGUUUAUUUCAAGAUUUCAUUUGAUCAAUGACUUAAACCAUUGAGUUUUUUCCUCCUCAGUUGAAGAAAAUGAAAACCAAUAUGGAUUUUGCAAUAUUUCAAUUGCUUAUUUUGGUAUUGUUUAUGUUGUUUUUGAUGUGUUCUUCAUUGGAAUUUGAUCCUGUUGAUAACUAUCUUAUAGACUGUGGAUCAUCAGAAAAUACAACUAUAGGUGAUAGAAUUUUCUUGGCUGAUAACUUGAAUUCCACUCAAAGGGUAUUUGUUAAUACAAGUCUUGAGUUCAUUCCAUCUACCUAUAGUUCAUCUCUGUAUAAAACUGCUAGAAUUCUCAAUGAGACUUCCAAAUUCACCUUUUCGAUCAAGAAACAAGGGCGCCAUUGGAUUCGCCUUUAUUUCUUUCCAUUUUCCAAUGAAAAAUUCAAUCUAAGUUCUGCUAAGUUCUCUGUUUCUGCUCAGAACUUCACUCUUCUUAAGAACUUUCAACCACUGAAUUCUCCUUUUGUAAAGGAAUACUCUUUGAACAUUACUAGCAAUAGUUUAGUUCUUACCUUUACGCCAUCUGCUACCUCAUUUGCCUUUGUAAAUGCUUUAGAAGUCAUUUCACUUCCUGAUGAGGUCAUUCCUGUUGAUGUUGGUAUUCAUAAUCUGAGGACACAAGCAUUAGAAACAGUGGUGAGAGUAAAUAUGGGAAAUAUUGCAGUUUUGCCUCAAAAUGAUACCUCGUGGCGAUCUUGGGAACCUGAUGAAAGAUACUUAACAGGCAAGAACCUUGUCCAGUUUGUAUCGAACACACGAGCUGUGAACUACACGAGAGGAGGGCCUUCUCGGAAUAUUGCUCCUCCGUUGGUGUAUGGAACUGCCACGAGGCUGCAAUCCGAGAAAGAUCCUAAUACGUUAGCAAAUGUAACGUGGUCGUUUGAUGUUGAUCCUGGUUUUGAUUAUUUCAUCAGAUUCCACUUUUGUUACAUAGUAAAAGGCCCCUCUGGUGAUCUAAUAUUCAAUGUUUUCCUCAAUUCUCAGUUUGUUUUCAAGUACCUUGAUCUUAACAAUGAGACAUCAAAUGUCUUUGGUGCUCCAUAUUACAUGGAUGUUGUCACAAGGUUAGACAACAGAAAUAGCAUUGGCAUUAGCAUUGGUCCAACAGAUGUACGUAAUGCAUAUCCGGAUGGACUCUUGAAUGGUCUCGAGAUCAUGAAAAUAAGCAAUUUUAAGGGCAGUCUUGAUGCUUCAGACGUUGAACUUCAGUCCUCAUUGCCUGCUUCUAAGACUAAAACAUGGUUGAUUCUUGGAUCAACUAUUGGAGGAUCGAUAACUUGCAUUGUUUUGGUUGUGUUGUCUGUUCUUCUUUGCAGAAGUAGAACACGAGCGCCAGUUGAUCACUCAACUGAGGAUCAUCAUACAACAGUUGGAUCAACUACGGAGGAAAAUAAAUCUAUCAUUUCCAACUCAAAUAUGGGGUACUGGUUCCCUUUCAGAGCAGUUCAAGAAGCAACCGAUAAUUUCAGUGAAAGCAUGGUAAUCGGCUUUGGUGGUUUUGGCAAGGUUUACAAGGGAGUUUUGAGGGAUAACACAAAAGUAGCAGUGAAGAGAGGAUUUCCUCAAUCACAACAAGGUCUUUCCGAGUUCAAAACUGAAGUUGAAAUGUUGUCUCAAUUUAGGCAUCGCCAUUUGGUUUCACUGAUCGGUUACUGCAACGAAAAGAAUGAGAUGAUAAUUAUUUACGAGUACAUGGAAAAUGGAACACUUAAGGAUCACUUGUAUGGCUCAGACCUUCCAAAUUUGAAUUGGAGACAAAGGCUUGAAAUUUGCAUAGGAUCAGCAAAAGGACUUCACUAUCUGCACACUGGUUCUCAGAAGGCAAUUAUUCAUCGCGAUGUCAAGUCUUCCAAUAUAUUGCUUGAUGAAAAUCUCAGGGCUAAAGUUUCUGAUUUUGGACUAUCGAAAAUUGGUCCUGAAAUUGAUCAAACACAUGUUAGUACUGCAGUUAAAGGGAGUUUCGGAUACCUUGAUCCUGAGUACUUAACAAGGCAACAACUAACUGAGAAAUCUGAUGUCUAUUCCUUUGGAGUAGUUAUGUUUGAAGUUCUCUGUGGCAGGCCUGUUAUUGAUCCAUCUCGUUCAAAAGAAAUGGUAAAUUUAGUUGAAUGGGUGAGAAACUGUUUAAGGACAGGAGAUUCAGAAACAAUUGUUGAUUCAACUAUUGUACGCGAGAUAAGACCAGAGUCUUUGAUAAAAUUUGUAAAGACUGCUGAAAAAUGCUUGGAAGAAUAUGGUGUAGAUCGACCGACUAUGGGAGAUGUUUUGUGGAACUUGGAAUAUGCAUUGAAACUCCAAGGAAAAGAUGAAAAAACAAGACAAGAAAAUGAGAUAUCUGAAAAUCAGUUGGAAAACAGUGUGUUAAGUACAGAAUUCAGUAUGGGGAGUAUGGCUGAUCUUGCUGGUGUUUCAAUGAGUAAGGUUUUUAGCAAUAUGGUAAAAGCUGAAAACAAAGAUUCAUGUGACAUAUGUUAGAUCCUAAAGAUACAAUGCAGGUCCAUCUUUUGAACUGCCUAUGGAUGGUAUAUUUUGUAUUCUCUUUUUUAUAGAUUCUCUUGGUAAAGUUGUUGACAUGUGACCAGGAGGUCACAGGUUCGAGCCGUGGAAACAACCUCUUGCAGAAAUGCAGGGUAAGGCUGCGUACGAUAGACCCUUGUGGUCCGGCACUUCCCCGGACCCCGCGCAUAGCGGGAGCUUAGUGCACCAGGCUGCACUUUUUUUUUAAUAGAUUCUGUAUGCUUCUAUUGCGCGAUAGAGCAGUUCAAACGCGUCUGGUUGAUAAGGUUGAUGAUCAUUUAUUUAAAAUGUUGUGUCUUUAUUCAUAAUCACAAAUUCACAAUUCAAUGUGA